AUUGGUUCUUCAAUUAUGAGAAGUGCUUCUGCAAAAAUGAAACAAAUUUCCGAACGGCUUAUGCAUCUUGCUUCAUGUUACAAAACUAACGUGCUUGAACAUCGUUUAGACCGCGCUAAAUCUGCAAGUGUGUUUGCCUUGAAAGGACUCAGGUUCAUGAGUAAAACAGAAGGUAGUCCAGCUGGGUGGAUGGCUGUUAAGAAAAGGUUUGCUAAUUUAACAGCUUUAACAGAUGGUCGAUUACACCGUUCGCAAUUCCAUGAAUGUAUAGGGAUGAGAGAAGAUUCCAAAAAGUUUGCUCUGGAACUUUUCGAUGCCCUCGCUAGGAGAACAGAUAUUAGAAAAGAAUCACUUAAUGAGAAUGAAUUGAGAGCAUUCUGGAAAGAACUAUCAAAUGAAAACUUCGAUUCUAGGCUUCAGACUUUCUUUGCCAUGAUUGACAAAGAUGCUGACGGAAGGAUCAAGCAAGAAGAAAUCGAAGAGAUGAUAACUCUUAGCGCUACCACAAACAAGCUCUUGAAAAUUGACAAGGAACAAGCAAAAGAAUAUGCUCUCUUUAUCAUGGAAUUACUUGAUACUGACAACUCAGGUUACAUCAUGGUAGAGGAUCUAAAGAUCCUACUGUUGCAAUCUCCAAGACAGAUGGUUGGAGGAGAUGUGAGUGAAGACUUAAGCAAAGUUUUAACCGAGAUGUUAAACCACAAUAAACUUAAACGUGCAAAAAAGAGAAAUCCAGUUAGUAGAUUGUACCAGAGUAAUAAGUACUUCUUCUCAGAUAAUUGGCGAAGGAUUUGGAUAUUCACUCUUUGGCUUAUCAUCGUUUUCGGACUUUUUACUUGGAGGUUCAUUCAAUAUAGAAACAAAGCGGUGUAUGACAUCAUGGGUUAUUGUGUUUGCACUGCUAAGGGUGCUGGUGAAACUCUGAAGUUCAAUAUGGCUUUAAUCUUACUACCAGUCUGUCGCAACACUAUCACCUGGCUCAGAAAGACCAAGUUAGGUGCUGUCAUUCCGUUUGACGAUAAUAUAAAUCUCCAUAAGGUAAUCGCGGUUGGAAUUACUAUGGGGGUUGCAUUACACGCAGUGUCUCAUUUAGCUUGUGACUUCCCUCGUCUCAUUCACGUUUCUAAAGAUGAGUAUGAACCUAUGAAGCCAUUCUUUGGGGAAGAUAAACCUGAGAACUACUGGUUGCUUCUGAAGGGGAUAGAAGCUGUAUCAGGAAUCGUAAUGGUGGUUUUGAUGGCAAUAGCAUAUAUAUUCGCCACACCAUGGUUCAGACGCAGCAGAAUAACCCUACCGUGGCCUUUCAGUCGGUUAAUAGGAUUCAAUACAUUCUGGUACUCUCACCACUUAUUUAUCAUAGUCUACGCUCUUCUCAUCGUUCAUGGAAUCAAGCUCUAUCUUACUAAAGAAUGGUAUAGUAAAACGACAUGGAUGUAUUUGGCAGUCCCGGUUGCAUUGUAUUCUUGCGAAAGAUUGACUAGAGCCCUAAGAUCAAGCAUCAAUCCAGUUAAAAUACGCAAGAUUGUCAUAUAUCCUGGAAAUGUAUUGACACUGCAUACAUCCCUACCACGAGGAUUCAGAUACAAGAGUGGGCAAUACAUGUUUAUCAAAUGUUCCAAUGUUUCUCCCUUUGAAUGGCAUCCAUUCUCAAUUACAUCAGCUCCAGCAGAAGACUAUUUGAGUGUUCACAUACAAACUGUCGGAGACUGGUCAAGAAAGCUCAAAAAAGUUUUGUCUAAGGUGUGUCAUCCCCCAAUAAGAGACCCAAGUGGACUUCGUAUGGCAGAUUUCAUGCAUGGUACUGCUGGAGCAUACGUCCCACCCUUCCCGGUCCCAGAAGUGCAAAUAGACGGUCCUUAUGGUGCACCAGCACAAGACUACAUGAAAUACGAGGUAGUGUUGUUGGUUGGAUCAGGGAUUGGAGCUACACCGAUGAUAAGCAUAAUAAAAGAUAUUGUGAGCAAAACGAAAGCAGAAGAUAUUGAAGCAUCCUAUAAAACUAUUAGACUGGAAACAACUAAGAAGAAUAAAAUAAAAACGUUCAAGACCCAGAAAGCUUACUUCUACUGGAUAACCAGGGAACAAAACUCUUUCGACUCUUUUAAAGAGGUGAUGAAUGAAGUGGUCGAGAUAGACGCUCAGAAUGUCAUUGAAAUUCAUAAUCAUUGCACUAGUGUAUAUGAAAGAGGUGAUGCGAGGUCUGCUGUGAUUGCUAUGUUACAGUCGCUUAACCACGCCGUGACUGGUGUUGACGUAGUUGCUGGUACACAUGUUAAGUCUCAUUUUGGCAGGCCUAAUUGGUCAGAAGUUUAUAAGACGAUUGCAGUCAAGCACCGAGGUUCACGAGUUGGAGUUUUCUACUGCGGAGUUCCAGCACCAGUAGAUGAAUUACGUCAGCUAGCAUCAGAUUUUACUCGCGAGGGAACUACCAAGUUUGAUUUCCACAAAGAGGACUUCUAA